AUGGAUAUGACACCUGAUUUAAGUCAUCUAACUGCUGAUGAGAAAAGAAUUAUCGAAGCUGUUAUUAAUCGUGAAAAAGCAGAAGCAAAACAUGAUUCUUUUAAUAAUUCAUCGCCAUAUGAUGAUUAUUCGGCGCCCUCAGUAGCAAUAACAUCUCGUCGUUAUUCCCAAUCGAACGAAUCAGGUGCAUAUUGUCAAAUCUGCCAACGAACAAAAUUUGUCAAUGAACAAUCAUCCCGUCAAUGUUCCAUAUGUCAAAAACGCUUCUGUGUUCGAUGUGGUAUUCGUGUGAAAUCGCAUUAUUAUCUCUGUCAACAGUGUCGACAAAAGCAAGAACAUUAUUUUUCUUCGACACGGAAUAUUUGCAAGCAAUAUGUUUCGGAUUAUAUUCUGUCUCAAACAUCGGAUUCCAAUGUUUUGAAUACGACUGCAAUUCAUCCACAACGUGUUCUGCCAAAAUUGGAUACUAAUGAUGAUGCAUCAUCGCCCGAAUCGAUCACAACAGCGGAUAACAAACAGAGACUAUUGCCCGUUGCGAGACAAGAUAUGCGUUCGAUGAAUAUUUUACGAGAUUUUCAGUAUCAUUCACUCGAAGAUAGAGAAAUAGGUCAUGAAUCGACGUUAAAAGAUUCGGGAAUCGAUACAGCCAGUUCAAGCACAAUCUUGAACGUCAUAUCCACCGAUCAGUUUCAAAAGCCGAUGACAUAUUGGCGUUUUAAUGAAACACGUACUGAGCAAAUUGGCUAUAUUUAUUUGAAAAAUAAUCUUUCAACUUAUGAACGUGAACAUGGUAAAUUAACCCAGAAUGAUAUAUUCAAUGCAUUAGGUUUCAAAAUUCAACUGAAUGACACAAAUCUCGUGGAAAUUACCGAAGUUACUCCUGGAAGUAUUGCUGAUACUUAUGGACAAUUGCGGAUGGGCGAUCAAAUAAUCGAAUGGAAUGGAGACAAAUUGAAAAAUGUUCAAUGCAAGAAUGUCAAUCGUGUUCUUUCACAAAUAUCGCUCCAAUCGCCACAAAUUCAUAUGAUUGUCAAACGAUCUCUCAGAAAUCCAAUCGUAUCGAAUAAUAAUGAUCAUCUAUUACAGAAUCGAUUUGUGCAAGAAGAUCAAAUCAUACCAUCAAUAAUAGAAACCCGUUCGAUCCAAUUACAGCUUUCAUUUCAAUACGAUGAAAAUUGUUUACAUAUUAUGAUCUAUGGUGCUAGAAAUAUUCCUCUAAAUCAAGGUCUUUUGGCCUGUCAAGUAUCAUUGGAAUCAGAAUAUGAUAUCUCAUCCAAACAAGACAAAUGUACAAAAGGGCAGCCGUGUUCAUCAGGAACUUGUACAUGGAAUCAACAUAUAAUCUUCUUUGAUCUUGAUACGCUUGAAAAUGUGUUGUUAUGGAUUAAACUAAUCAAUCUCGAACAUCGACAAGAAAUUCUCGGAGAAAUGAAAUUUCAGCAGUUAAACUUAAGUAGCAACCCACAGUGGUAUAAAUUAAACAACAUAGCAGAUGGGUCGUCGUGCAAUCGCGCUCAUUUGUCUACAACUGACGUUCUACCGGUAACGCAGAGCCGUAAACGACAGUUACCAGAUAUUCCAACAGCACGGUUGGAAGCUAAUCGAGAAAAAGUUUCUCAAGAUCUAUUUCAAAAAGCGGCUGAACUGAAGUUACGUCUUCAUAUGCAGUCGAAGAACGAGCGACCACUUCUGACUCAACGCAGUUUUGAUCAAACUGAUUCAAUUUAUAAACAGUUGUACGAAGAUCGUCCGCGUCCAAACGACGAUAGUUCAAGAAAAUCAAUGAUGAACUUAACGUCGAAAGCAACUUCGACGAUGAAUUUGAAGGAGAAAGUGCGUAUACCAAUCAUUCGAGACAAAAGCGUACCGGCGACGAUACCGGUUCGACGAACGACAACAACAACUGCAGCAGGACCAACAGGAUCUAGCCGAGUUGACAUGGAAAAGACAAAAACAAAAUCGUUCGAAGAGAAAUAUCGAAAAACAAUCAAAAAACGAUAUCCCUCUGAAACACAAGCGGAUGACGUUGAUUCUGAUGGAUCGGAAAUGUCAUUUGCAUCACGACAGAGUACUACCAGUGCAGUAUCUACACAAUCAGAACGACAUCGACAUUUACGAAAGCAAAAUCUCCAAAGACGUAGCAACGAACAGUACUAUCAAAAUGAUGAAGUACAAUUAAACGAAGAAGAACUUCGACAAAUGGCAAUGCGAACUCAUGACACAUCAACAACUUCUGCAACUACGACAGAUACCUCAACAGGUAAAACAAUAGCAGUAGCAGCAUCAGCGCCGACAAUAACAGCAACAACAGCAGCAAAUGUUUCGAAUACAAAAACUGGUAAAGGAGAACAACGUAAUGAUGGUACCUUGUCUGAUUCGGCUCUGAGCACACAAUCUGAAUCGAAUAAAAAACGACAGCCAUCUAUGUCAUCGAAAGCUCUAGUUAUACUUGGUCUAUCAAAAAAAGCCAAUAGCUCAUCCAACCUUGGCGGUGGUAAACGAUACGGUUUUCAACGAAGUGAAGAAGUUGGUGUUCAACCACAUUUACGUAACCGAACAUUACAAGAACAAACGAGUAAAGAGAAUGAAACUCCAUCGAGUGCUCCACCUACAACAUCGCCCCAUCAGUCACUAUUCAAUUCAAUUACUAAUCAGCAUCAUUCUCUUCCUCCUGACAUGGCCAAAUUAUGGUCCGGUGCCUUGAAAUUACCACACGAACAUCAGUUUAGUGACUUUAUUGAAGGUUUAGGCAAAGGACAAUUAGUUGGUCGACAAGUUCUUGCGUCGCCUUGUCACGGUGAAAUUCAAGUAGGUCUUCGGAAUCAAAACGGCAUCCUCGAAGUUGAAAUAGUACGAGCAAGAAAUCUUAUUCAAAAAACCUUCUAUAAAAUGCCUCCAGCGCCGUAUGUGAAAGUGUAUCUACUCGAUGGAAAAGCUUGCGUGGAAAAACAACGUACACGAACGACACGUCGAACACUUGAUCCAUUAAUUCAACAGACACUUCUAUUCAAAGAAUAUUUUCGAGAUAAAAUCCUACAAAUCAGCAUCUGGGGUGAUUAUGGUAAAUUCGAUCGGAAGGUAUUUAUGGGUGUGUGCCAAAUCGUUAUACGAUUGUUCAACAAUCAUCCAAAAGAAAAAAUACAGUAUCAUAAAAGAAAUUCUUAUUGA